AGUGUCCCCCCUGGAGGCGCAGGGAGGGCGGCCUCUGCCCCCAGCCAUGGCCUCUGGCAUCUGUCGAAAGAAGCGUGAGUCUGGGCCUGACCCCAGACCUGCCCCAGCAUGACCCCACUGGACAAGCAGCUCCCAGGGGUUGUGGGCAGAAUUCAAAAAACAACCUCAGCAAGUGCCCCCACCCAUCCUGGAUGAGGAGAGAGGAGGAAGGAGUAGCUCCAGUUCAUGGGCCACAAACUUUCAUUUCUACAAGAUGCAGUCUGGUAACAUAAAUGAGUGGAAAAAUCAGGGAGGGAGACAUAUGGCCAUUAAAGGUGACAGCCUUAACUCACAGGGAGCCACCCUACCGUGUGAUACAUGCAUGAGGCAAAAAUUAGUUUUAAGUAGUACACAAGAGUCAAGAGUCAGCGCCUUCCCCAGCCCCCGAUGUCUUCUGAGGGCAAAUGUGGUUUUGGAGAGGUCUUUCCUCUAAAUCGUGGUGGGCAAACUAUUCCUGAAUCAGACAGCAGGUGGCGCGCAACUCAGAGAAUUGAAAAAAGAACUGCCGCGAAUUACUUAACUCAUUUCCAGUAACUUCUCCCUCCUCCCCCACAAGGCCUUCCCCAGCCCCACCUCCUGUUCCCCGGCAUGGGCCAAGCCUCCCAGAUGUCCAGUUCCAGAUGCCUGGUCUCAGAGUGGGGAAAUUACCUCUGGAGAAGCCCCCACUCCACAAGCUGCCAAGGCAAGAUGUGGUGGCUACUCCUCUGGGGAGUCCUCCAGGCUUGCCCCACACAGGGCUCCGUGCUCUUGGCCCAGCAGCUACCCCAGCAACUGACAUCCCCCGGGUAUCCAGAGCCAUAUGUCAAAGGCCAAGAGAGCAGCAGUGACAUCGAGGCUCCAGAGGGCUUCGCCGUGAGACUUGUCUUCCAGGACUUUGACCUGGAGCCGUCCCAGGACUGCGGGCAGGACUCUGUCACAAUCACAGCCAGUGGGAUGGAUCCGAACCGGUUCUGUGGGCAGCAGGGCUCCCCGCUGGGCAGCCCCCCUGGUCAGAGGGAGUUUGUGUCCCCAGGGAAUCGAUUGCGGCUGACUUUCCGAGCACCCGCCUCCUCUCAGGACAGGACUACUGGCCUCCACAGGGGCUUCCUGGCCCUCUACCAAGCUGUGGGAGUGAACCACAGUCGGCCCAGUGGGGGCUCUGAGGCCAUCAGCAUAGCUGAAGACAACUCCUCCAAGAUCCAGAACCACUGCCAGGAGCCCUACUAUCAGGCAGUGCCGGCAGGGGCACUCCCCUGCACAACCCAGGGCCUCUGGAAGGAGACACAGGAUAGGGAGGAGCUUCCUCGCUGUGAACCUGUCUGUGGCCGGCCACUCACCCCCAUCGCCCAGAACCAGGAGGCCCUCGAUUCCUCCAAAGCCAAGUUGGGCAACUUCCCCUGGCAAGCUUUCACCAGUAUCUACGGCCGUGGAGGGGGGGCCCUGCUGGGCGACAGGUGGAUCCUCACCGCCGCCCACACCAUCUAUCCCAAGGACAGCGUCUUUCCCUGGAAGAACCGGAGGGUGGAUGUCUUCCUGGGCCACACAAGCCUAGACGAGAUGCUGCGGCUGGGAAGUCACCCUGUGCGCCGUGUGGUCGUGCACCCCGACUACCGCCAGAACGAGUCCCACAACUUCAACGGGGACAUUGCCCUCCUGGAGCUCCAACACAGCGUCCCCCUCGGGCCCAGCCUCCUCCCGGUCUGUCUCCCCGACAGUGAGACCCUCUACCGCAGCGGCAUGUUGGGCUAUGUCAGUGGGUUCGGCGUGGAGAGGGGCUGGUUAACCACCGAGCUGAAGUACUCCAGGCUUCCCGUCGCCCCGAGGGCGGCCUGCCAGGCCUGGCUCCAAGAGAAGCGGAGGUCUGAGGUGUUUUCGGACAACAUGUUCUGUGCUGGGGAUGAGAUGAGGCACCAGAGCGUCUGCCAGGGGGACAGUGGUGGCGUCUAUGUGGUAUGGGAUGAGCGCGCCCAUCAAUGGGUGGCCACGGGCAUCGUAUCCUGGGGCAUCGGGUGCGGCAAGGGCUAUGGCUUCUACACCAAAGUGCUCAACUACCUGGACUGGAUCAAAGGAGUGAUGGGGGGGAAGGACUGACCCUGGGGGCGCUUGAGCAGUGACCCUCAACUCUGGAGGCCCCCACCCCGAAAGGAGAGGGUUGGGAGCUCAGACUGGGCUCGGGGAUGGGGAUGGGGGCAGAGAAUCUCUAUUCGAGCUCCUGCUGCCCUAUCCCUCAUGCGACAGAACUCCUCCUCCUUCCC